GAUCAACACACCUUAUUACUACGCGUAACGUCCUACCGAGUGGUUGUGUUUGGCUCUGCCAGGGUUUGGCCCUUUCUGUGUUUGUGUGUGUGUGCGGUUUUGUUUCAAACUGCAACGGAUACGGCAACGUGUUGUGCAGGUUUAUCGUUAUCGUCGACGCAGACGCACCAAUCAGCCCAGUCAUCGUACACACGCAGGUGUUGGUGUUGGUGUGUGUGUGUGUGUAGACCUGCAAUCAGUCCCAGCCUCGAGCCAUCAACAAUUUCCGUCCGUCCGGCGACUCUCUGCCGGCUGAAGCGAGGAACCGCGCGGCGAGCCGUCCUGUGAUCGGAGCUGGCCCGCGUAACUUUCACCCGACCAAAUUGGGCCAUUUAAUCCCGUACGACCGUAUCAACACACCAGGCCGCCAGGCGUGUCGUGCGUGACAGUAUUUUCCCAAGCCCCAGGCCCCGAAGAGCUGUUGCCGGGCGAGUGUUGCAGGGUGCAAGCGGGUGCGAGCGAACCCCGAUCAAGAUCACACGGGAAUAGGAAGGAACUGUGUGUACGUGCUUGUGUGUGUGUGUGUGUGUGUGUGUGCAUGUGUGUGUGUGUGUAAAGAAGGAAAUCGACAACGUGCUGUGUCAAAAAUAGAAACCCCCUGUUGGCCAACCCGUUGGUUUUGUUUUUUCUGACAAAACGCGAUUCUGUCAACCGGCUUACCGCUAGCGAGAGAGUUGGAAGAGGCGGCCAAGUGCAUCACUCCACCCCGCCAACAGCAAGCACAGAACAAUGAUGGCCGAAACGGUAGUGACGGUGGAGACACCGAACCGCACGGCCGCCAGCCCGGCCGCCACGCCGGCCCCGGGCCAGGCGCAGGCCAAACCGGAGUCCAACCUUAACUGGCUCAAGUUCAACACGCAGUACUUCAUCACCAUCCCGGGCAUCCUGAAGAUCGUACAGGUGGUUUUCGGUAUCAUCUGUAUGGCGUGCGCGUCGCCCGCCCUGAUCGGUGGCACCCACUUCUUCCUGUUCGUGGUCGUCACCUUCUUCAUCGCGACGCUGCUCUGGACGUUCGUGUACCUGCUCGGCAUCCGCGAGGUCCUCAACCUGCCCAUCAACUGGAUACUGACGGAGUUGAUCAACACGGGCAUUGCCACCCUGCUCUACUUCAUCGCGUUCAUCGUGCAGCUGGCGUCCUGGUCGAAUCUGUACGGGCAUGGCCGUGGCUCCAACAUUGCCGCUGGCGUGUUUGGUUUGUUUAACUUCCUGGCGUACACGGCCGGCACGUACUUCCUGUACGUGGAGCACCGAUCGGCCGGCGUGUAAAUGCCCGCACCUGCACGCUCCCCCUGCGGGUGGGCGACACUUGCUUUUGCUGGUUAACGACUCCCGAGGUAACACCCGUCCCAGAAAAGAAGAGGCCACGGGACUACGGUACAUACAGCGAGACCUACAGUCACAGGCCCGGGGACACUUGGAUGAAUAUGGCACCCAGCAUCAGCAGGCAGCCAGCAAAAGCCAGCAAAACCCCCGAAAGCGCCCCAUUGGGGGGAAGUCGACCCAGUCACGCAAAAAAACCCAUUAGGCGCUACUAUACAUAAAUAGUUGUAAGAUUAUUAUUAUAUAUAAAAACAUAUAUACAUUUACGUUUCUUUCUCUUGUGUAUAAGAUGUACCCUUACCAGACCAGAGCGUGUAGUGGCAGUGCGUAGCAGGGUUCGCACCUUCAACAGCGAGACACAGUGCGGCUAAGCGCGUGAACCGGACGCUGUAAACAAGCACCGCAGCAGCAUUUGUUUCACUUUCGCUUUGCGCUUCGGUGUUUCCUUUUUAAUUACCGCGGUCAACGCCGUCCGCUUUAUCUGCGUUCGGCUUCCUUCGUCCGCAGGCGCACACGAAAGCACAAAACAAAACCAGACACACACACACACACACACACAAACACGCCCUUUAGAGAUAGUUUUCGUUUUAUUUCGAUCCGUAUGCAUGCACGCACACAACGUCGCGUUGCGCUAGUGCGUAGUUUAUUUGCUUCCAAAUUUCUGUACACAAUCUUGUUUUUUUUUUCUGCCCCCGGUUGCUGUCUCUUUUUUGUUCCUUUCUUUCCUGUCAUUUGUCGGUGCUGGGGCAAAACCGGGAUAGUGCCGGCGCUUACAAGUGCUUCCGCUGAUGCGCUUGUCUGCGUUUUGUAUGUAUCGUUUCCAUUGUACGUCUUUUUACCCUUCUUCUUCUUCUUCUUCUGUUUAUUUUCUCUCACUCUCUUUCUCGUUUUUUUGAAAGAUUUCCAUUGUUUUGCGUGUGCAGUACCGGGCUAAACAAUCACAUAAAAGUGCGCCUGUAAAACAUCGGAUCGGAGCGCAAGGAGGCACACAAUCUUUCGGUGCUGCAAUUCAAAACAAAAACGGAAACUGUACAAGUGCCGAUAGGAAAGCAUUACUUUAUUAUGAUUUGGUUGCAUGGACAAGGAAGAAAGCGAAAACCACACACGGGAAGCAAACUACACUCACAACCGUUUAUGAUGAGUUGCCCUUAUGGGUGUGUUUUUUUUUGUUUUGGUUCUUUGUGUGUGUUAUUUGUGCUUUGUUUCAGUGCCCUAGCAACGCUUAUUUAAAAGUAUUUAUCUAUUCGCUCGUUAGGUACCGAUUAAUUUUUGCUUAAGAAACCAUUUUGUUUUUUGUUUUUUUUUUUUUGUAAGAUGGCUUCGCUAUCACAUUAACGCCGCACAGAUUUAGUGAGGGAGGGAAUAAUCGAUUUACAAAAAAAAAACAAAACAAAACGCGACAUUAACAAGCAGGAAAUUGUAAGCCGCAGUGUGAGGCAUUAGCUCAUCUCACAACGCAACGA